GAAUAUGGAUUUGCUUUCCGCGUAUUAAUUGAUGCGACAAAAUCAUUAGGGAUUAAUUGCACUAUUUCUAUGAUUCAAGAAAUGAAGGCUUGUGUCUGACACAUAUCCGCAUUUUGGUUAUAUAUUAAUAUAAAUUAAUAUAUAAACAGAAUCAUUUUGUUCAACAAAACAUUAUUAAAAAACUGCUUGAUUGUAAUUCAAUAACUGUUGGACGAGUAAUUGUUGUAAAUAUGAUUUACAUCGCGAACGCUUUAAGCGUUGGAAUCUUGGCUUGCUUUCUGGCAGGAACAACAGCCCAGUUCCCGGCUGAUCCAAACUACGUCUUCGACUGCGCACUCCCUCCGGGGUGUCCUAAUAAAACACAGGAAUAUUUACUUGCAUACGGCUAUCUGAAUCCGGAAAGACCGUGCAUAAAAGAUGACAUAAAAACAGCUCUGACAGCCUUCCAGACGAUGAACUUAGGUUAUAUGGAUUUAGAAAUAACCGGUGAAUGUGACGCUACAACCGUUAAGGUUAUGAAUCAGCCAAGAUGUGGUUGCGAAGAUAUCGUCAAAUUUCAGAAGAAAAUGAUGCCACAAAAUUUUAUAGGGCCUCAAGAAUACCGUCUCGGAACAACAAAAUGGCGUAAAAAGGAGCUGACAUGGAGUGUACUGAAAUAUCCCGAAAAUCCUAGAACAACGUCACGAAUAUCGCGAAGUCAAGUAGAUGACGCAAUGAAACGCGCCCUUGACAUUUGGGCAAAAGAAACGACCUUGACCUUCCGAGAAUUGAAAAACAACCCGAAUGCAGAUAUAACAAUCAAAUUUGAGACCGGAAGACAUACUACUAGCCCGCCAUAUUACGAUUUUGAUGGGCCAGGAAACGUACUUGCCCAUGCUUUCUUUCCCGAGUCCGGUGUUGUUCAUUUUGAUGAUGACGAAUUCUAUGUUUUAAACAAUAAUGAUGGAACUGAGCUAUAUAUAGUAGCAGCACACGAAUUCGGUCAUACUCUUGGCAUUUCCCAUUCUAACAUUAACAGUGCCCUUAUGGCACCGUAUUACAGUUAUUCCCCGACAUUACAACUCGAUCAAGACGAUAUCGCCGCCGUUCAAGCGUUAUAUGGGAAGUCGAGUAACAGAGUUACAACUACCCAAAGGCCGACAAAUCCUCCAACAACCAGCAAAACAACAGGAAUAACAAAUCCACCAACUCCACGACCAACAACACGACCUUCACCACAGCCAGACUAUUGCAAUAUGCGGAUCAAGGCGUCCUUUGAAAUUGAAGGUAAGACAUUCUUAUUCACCCGAGAAAAAGCUGGCUCUUGGCGAACAAAAACAUAUGUGUAUGAAUUCAGCUCAUCUAAGAGUGGCCUUACAUUCAAAAGCCGGAAACCAAUCGAAGAAGUGUUUAUGAAAACCGGAAGUAGACGUUAUCCACGUGCUUACCCAUACAGAGUGGAUGCAGCUGCAUAUAUCCCUGAUAGAAGAUACAUAUUCCUUUUUAGUGGCACAAGAGCUUAUCGUUACAGUACCAACGGGAAAACGGAAGGGCCGUUCAAUCUCGAUAGAAACGAAGGGUUUCCAAAGUGGAUGGACGUCAGUGAGUUCCCGGAAAGACCAAGGGCAGCCGUUGCUAUGCCUUACUCGAGAUAUAAUGCAUACUACAUGCUUAUUUUCGGCACAACGAUGGUGUGGGAUUGGAAUUUCUACACUCAGCGUGUUGGGGCAUGGGCGUAUCCAAUUGACGUAUUUGGUAGAAACAUGCCACAGCGUGUGGACGGCGCACAUUUACAGAAGUCUAAACGAAAUGUUAUUUUCUUCAAGACUGAUAAAUUCUACAAUUUUGACAUCAACUACCGGCGUGUUGUGGAUGCAGCUGCGAAAGACGUCAAGAAAGACUUCUUUGGAGGAAAUUGUGGUUAACCUAUGUCAUGCUAUACUGUAUAUUGUAUUCACUGUUGCAUCUUCACAAAAUAAACAUGCAAGUAAUCUUGCAGUGUAAUCAUUGUUAGCGUUGUUAUAGGUAAUAGUAUGUAUUGUUGACAUCGGGAGCACAACGCCUGAAUCACCUUAUACCGUGUAGGCCUAUAUUGAAGAAUGUUCGGAAUACUUCUAUACUUAUGUAUAUCUAUUGAAUACUUUACUCUUGUCAAUGGCGUUAUUUAUAGCCAUAAAUAUUUUUUAUAUUUAUUCAUUGUUUUAUGAACGUCAACAUUUACAUUUCUAUGUGUACUAAUAAAGAAAUAACAAUAAAUGUGAUCAAAAUAUUAAA